GCACCUUAACUACGGUCUAGGCCCCCAGUUAUCACUUGUAGCGCCACGCUCAUGUGCAUGUCAAUUUUAAUGAUUUUUUAUUAAUAAUUGAAAUGGCUAAAUUUUAUAGCUAUUACGUACUUUGUCCACUAAUUGAUCAAAAUAGUUUUCUUGGAGUAACUAAAGAUAAAGAUGCCGAAACUGUUGUGGUUACGUUGGGUCGGAACGUUGUCAAUAAGUACAGGCUAUCGGACCAGAAACAGACCGGGGGCUGGACAUCAAAGGACCAUAUCACUUCAGCUGUGAUUUAUGAUGAUGAGCAAGAGUCAUAUGUUGGUGUCUUUAACCAGAAUACUAUUAAAGCAUGGAAAGAUGAAAGUGAAAAUUUGGAUAAACUGAAGAAAUAUAAAUUUUCAGCGAAAAUUUUUAAGGUUUUAGCAAGGCAAAAUCAAACAUCACUAAUUAUUUUUGAAAAUGGGAAUUGUGCAUCACUUCCAUAUGGUGUUGAUAAUAGAUUGAUUUCUGCCCACAAACCUAUCAUUAAAGACAGGGAAAUUAUUAUUGAUGUUGGUGCUUACACCAUUGAAAAAAAAGAUUAUAUUUGUUAUGUUAUUAAAAAUACUAAUAAUAAGAAAAAGGAAAAAUAUGAAAUGCUAAUUUCUCCUCUAAGAGAUGAAUUGGGAGAUAUAGAAAAGGCUAAGCUGACCAGGGAAAAGGUUGUAAGAUCUGAUGAUGUGUAUGUUGUUGGUCACUUAAUUUCAACCAACAAUAAUAAAGUCUAUUUUUUAUGGAGUGAUUCAAAGCUGUCUGCUUACGAUAUUAAAAACAAAUCUUGGAAAAACAUGGUUUCUGUGCCUUGGAUCUCUACAUUAUCUAGUGUUUCUAUAGCUUGUAUGGAAAAGAACCAUUUAAUCAUGUUUGGUAGUAAUACUGAGGAAGAUGGUGCAAUCCUUGUUGCUUAUGAUGUGGUUUUAGGUGUUGGGUCAUGCAGAUAUCCAUUAAAAAUGUAUACUACAGAAGCUAAACUGUACAGUUUCAACAAUAGAAUUAUCCUACAAGGUUCAAACCACAUCGCCAUGCUGCCAUACAUGCUUGAAACAGAUAGAAACAUUUCCAGUCUUCUAGGUUCACAUAACAUAAUUUCAGAAAAUGUUAUGGAAAUUGUCAGUUGGAAUGCUUCAGGGAAAUCAGAUUUGGUAGUUGAAAGUGACAUUAAACAUCUAUGGCUGAAGGGAUUGGCAGAAAGAACUGUAUGUUCACAAAUUAUGUCAGCCUUGAUAGAAAAUGAUGAUUUAGAAGCACUCUAUAAAACACUAUUCCAGUUUACAGAUAUACCAGAGUCAGUAAUAGUGUCUCUAAUUGUCUAUACAGUAUCAAAGCUUAAUUCAAAUGAAAUUGAUGAAACUAAUGAUGAAGACAUUAGGAUAUGUUUAAGUGAUCAUAAUCAAAAAAAUAGAAAAGGUGAUUUGCUCAAGUAUCUGCUUCAAAUACCUUUUAGUGAUGCACUAAUAAUACCACACUUAAGACAAUUAUUAUCACUGGAUGAUGCUCUUGUAUUAAUUAGUUUUAUUGCUCAUCUUAUAAUGGAUACAGAACUAGAUAUGGAGCAUGAAAGCAAGAUAUAUGACUGGUGUAUACUUCUGUUGGACACUUUUUAUCAACAGUUUUUAAUGACAAAUGAUUCAAAGGUAACAUAUGUGCUAGAGAAGGUACAGAGAAUUGUUGUGCACCUCAUUCAAGACAUGCAAACGAUUGACAAUGUUAUGCCAUUGUUAGGCAAAAUGCUGCAUGGUUCUCCUAUUUUUGAGCAGAAAAUAACUUCAUCUUAUGUUAUUGACAUGUUGAAUAUAUAAAUAAAAUAUG